AUGACAUCUAAUCAUCCGAACCAGACGAACUUUGUUAACACACGUUCUUCAUGCGUGUUCAUCUCUCAGAGCAACCAAAGACAUCAUGUUGCAGGAAUGAAGGAUGGUUACGGUUGGGAUCACAUUUUAGGUUGGAGGUCAGAUUUCGUAUAUUUUUUGAGGCAAGGCUGUCUGGAAGUCCAAAGUCUUUACGAAGAACGUGGUAAUACGAUGUGUGGGACUUCCAACAUCUCCACCCACCCAUACCAUGGUACCACAUACAAGUUAGCAUACUCGCCGGGAAGCACCGGUAAAAAGACAAUAACCCCAUGUGUACCGACGACCUACUUCGUAGCCAAACACACUGAGCGAAGAAUCCUCGCGUGGCUAUCGUUGCCGCGUACGGGCGAUGAAGUGGGUGGUCAUACGAUUACCGGUAAUGGGCCGGCCAUGAUGAUAAAUUAA